UUUUUUUUUCCGGUAAAAAAAAAUCCAAUUAUUUUUUCGAAAUUCCAGUCCUGUCCUCAACAACAACAAGUAGUAACUGGUUACUGGCGAACGGACGGAAAAGCGGGCACCCAUCAUCUUCGCGCUAAAAAAAAGCGAACAUUUCAUGUUUUUCUCCUGGGAAAUUACAAUUUCGCCCUUCUAUUCCCUUUCUUUUUCUUGCAGGUGAAGAAAAUUCAAAACUCCGAACCAAAAAACGAUAAACAAAUUCAAAAGCACAACAAUAAAAAACAUACGCGCACUCACGCGCCGCCACAGGCGAUCCUCGAAAGCUCAAGAUGAUGAUGGAACCGCCGAAGCCAGGAACGAACCAAGCAUCUCAGAUUCCGCACGGAGCGGGAUCGGGGCGCACCUUUCCGUCGUCCGGUAGCGCGAAAAAGUCUGUGCAUUGGAGCCCCGAAUUGGUAACGGAAUCCACCUUCGUGUCUUCACCUCAGGAAUCGCGCUUCAAUCCACGCGCCUAUUUCUCUCCCUCUUUCUCUUCUCCUCCUUCGUCGACUUCUUCGCAAUCCGCGACCACAGUAACCUUCUUUGAGACGGUGGUGACCGUUAGGAACGUGCUUGGAAGAUGGGGAAAGAAGGUGGGGGAAGCAACUCGGAGAGCUGAGAGUCUCGCCGGAAACACGUGGCAGCACUUGAAAACAAGCCCCAGUUUUGCUGAAGCUGCUAUGGGAAGAAUUGCUCAGGGAACAAAGGUCCUGGCAGAAGGUGGAUAUGAGAAGAUUUUUCUGCAUACAUUUGAGACAGUUCCUGAGGAACGGCUUCUGAAUUCUUUUGCAUGUUAUCUAUCAACAUCAGCUGGUCCAAUAAUGGGGGUUUUGUAUAUCUCUACUGUAAAGAUUGCAUAUGCUAGUGAUAAUCCUAUUUCCUAUCAAUCUGAUGAUAACCGAACCGAAUGGAGCUAUUAUAAGGUAGCUAUUCCACUAUACGAGCUAAAAGCAGUGAAUCCUUCGUCAAACACAGCCAAUCCUGCUGAGAAGUACAUCCAGGUGAUAUCUGUGGACAACCAUGAAUUUUGGUUUAUGGGGUUCUUGAACUAUGAAGGUGCUGUGGAAUGCCUACAAGAAGCUUUUCUAUCUGCCAAAUCCUUACGAUUUGAAGCAUAGUCUCCAGGUUAUAUAAAUCAGAGAAUUUAGAUCUUCAAAUAUAUGUCAUGCCUUGUUCAGGUAGGUGUUUGUAGAUUUUGUUAUUAUAUUCUUGGAACCGUUAAUAAAUUAUCUCGCUCCUUGC